UUCUACGUCGCGUCUAGACUUGCGCUAAGCGCGUGCGUGUGGUCGUAGCGACAAGACGCUGCUAUUAGGUAUUUACGACACAGUUUGACGUGGACCGUCACCACAGCAAUGGCGGAUGCUGUAGGGGAAGUGCUUGAAGGCAGCUGGACUCAUGAUCUGGCUGACGCACUUGACUCAGCAGAAUGUGAUCUGGACACUAACCAGGAUGGUGUUAUCCAGGUCCGAAACCUACCCCCACAACAGCGGGCCAAGUUAUGGAUGAUUGCUUUGAACGUGUCUGGUAAAGGAGAUAGUCUUUCCUCAUGGGAUGGGGCUUUGGACCUACCAGAACAGACGCUCAUUCACAGCCGCAGUCAGCAGAUCAUUGAUGAGCUAGGGUUACCAGCGGAGGAAGGGCGGGACCUGGUAUCAGAUGUGGAGUCAGUGAUCACCUUUUACUGCAAGUCCAGAAAUGUUACCUUUACUCCAGAUCUUAGUUGGCCACACAUCCUCAAACCACUCCUGGGAUUACAGCUGUCCCGCAAAGACCUCUACAACUGCUUCUACGCCGUCAUGAAUAAAUACAUCCCACGAGACUGCGUUGCGAAGGGAAGACCAUUUCACCUCUUCAGACUUCUCCUGCAGUACCAUGAGCCUGAAUUCUGCUCAUUCCUGGACACAAAAAAGAUCACUCCUGAUUCCUACGCCAUCAACUGGCUAGGCAGUCUCUUUUCUAGCAGCUGUCUUCCUGAUGUGUCACAGGCCUUAUGGGAUGUUUAUCUCCAACAGGCUGACCCUUUUCUCAUCUUCUUCCUCAUGCUCAUCAUCCUUGUCAAUGCUAAAGAUGGCAUCCAUGAAGGAGAAAGCAAAGAGGAAAUUAUCAGUAAGCUGAAGCGUUCACCAGAAUUCCUAGAUGUAGAGGAUCUUGAAGACUUGUUUUCUUUAGCACAGUAUUACAACAGCAAGACGCCUCUAUCUCUUAGAAAGGAGAACCAUAAUCUGUUUGGCAGCAGUCUGGUGGCUCUGAAGGAAGAAGACAUGGACCUGAGUCAGGCUCUCUGUUUGCCUGUAUCAGUCCCUGAGAUCCUGCAAGCAAACCAGCUACAACCUGAGGGCGUGAGGUUUUUUGUAGUUGACUGCCGUCCUGCUGAGCAAUACAAUGCUGGUCACCUCUCCACUGCCUUUCACCUGGACUCUGACCUGAUGCUUCAUAAUCCAUCUGAGUUUGCCCUGUCAGUGAAGUCUCUUCUGGAGGCACAGAAGCAGUCUCUGGAAUCAGGCUCUGUGGCAAGCGGAGAGCAUCUGUGCUUCAUGGGCAGUGGACGUGAAGAAGAGGACAUGUACAUGAACAUGGUGCUUGCCCACUUUCUACAGAAAAAUAAAGAGUUUGUGAGCAUAGCAAAAGGCGGUUUUAUGGCAUUGCAGCAGCACCUGGCAGAUAUUAAUGUUGAAGGGCCGGAUAAUGUUUAUGUUCACUGGAUUGUGAGCACCUCAGGAUCCCACAGCAGCCUCAGCUCAGCUGACGGGGAACUGAACAGCACAGAUGGGAAAGGAGUUAAAUCGCUUGUCAACAAAAUGACCUUUGCACUCAAGUCAAAGUCAGUUAAUGUAAAAGAGAAGGUGAUCAGCUUCAUUGAAAACACUUCCACACCGGUGGACAGAAUGUCUUUCAAUCUACCCUGGCCAGACAAGGGAAUACUGGAUCGGCACAUAAGCAGCAGUGAUCGGGUGGGGAAGCCGUACAGGGGUGUGAAGCCUGUCUUUAGCAUUGGUGAUGAGGAAGAGUAUGAUACAGAUGAGAUUGACAGCUCAUCAAUAUCAGAUGAUGACAGGAAAGAGAUUGUCAAUAUUCAGACUUGGAUCAACAAACCAGAUGUGAAGCACCAUAUUCCAUGCAAUGAAGUUAAGGAGACCGGACACAUGUUCCCAAGCCAUCUGCUGAUCACUGCAACACACAUGUACUGUUUGAGAGAGAUCGCUGCCCGAAAAGGUUUUGCUUACAUCCAAUCCAGGCAGGCCCUAAACUCUGUGGUGAAGAUCACCUCCAAGAAGAAGCAUCCAGAACUUAUCACUUUUAAGUUUGGCAACAACAAUGCUGCAGGAGUGGAGAUAGUGGCUGUGGAAAGGUAUUUAAUUCCAAAUGCCGGUGACGCCACUAAAGUCAUCAAACAGCAGAUCAUGAAAGUUUUGGAUGCUAUGGAGAGCUCUUAAUGACAGAGACAUCAGAGAUGCUGCGCUCUGGUCAUCCAGGAGACAACCACAGCUCCAACCAAAACCGCCGAAAGGGGAAGGAGGGAGUAGAGCAUUCCCACAGUUUUUUGUCAUCACCCCCCCACCUCCUCUCUGGGCAACAGUGACGUGGAGUUCUGUCAUGACUCUUUGGGCACGUUGCCAUCAUGAUUGACAGGAGUUCUAAAACUUUGGGCUUGGAGAUGUCAAUAUGAGAAAUGGUUAUUUUGUUCAUUUUGCUUUGUGAUUAUGAUUUCUGUUUUGAGAAACUGACCUAAUUAAGCAAGUUAGAUUUAUUAUCUCUCCUUUAUCUGUCUCGAGCCUUAAUGAGCUAUAGGUUUUUAUAUGAGUCUCAAACAGCUCCUCUGGAUGAGAAUACGGUUUUGGAAACUCAAUCAAGGAACUUCAUUGCUCUUUAUCUGCUUCAGUGUUUGAAGUCACUAAUUCUUUAGCUAUUUGAAGAUGUAAACAUCAUAUAUUGCUGCAUACUUAUGUAACUGAGAAGAGUUUGAUGUAUUUAUCAGAGCAGUGUUUUUACAGCAAACCGAUUCACCAGGAGCCUCAUCACAGACACUGAGGUGAAUAAAUAUACUUCAUUUUCAUAUUUGGAAAGUACGCUACCCUACAGGAUGCUGCUUGCACAAGUGGUUACACAUGAAUACUUCCAUACAACUCUGCUGCUUUCUGUGCUGAUUGACUAAAUCUCCCUGAAAUUAUUAGAACCUUUUGUCAGUUUCUGGUUCCAUAAAAAUUUGUGAUCGCAGCUUUCAAGAAUAAAGGGAACUGGUUUGUGAGGCAGUUCUCUAAGCAAUUUAAGUAAUACAACUAUUGUGUAUUAAUUCUGAAGCACUAAAGAAAAAAUGGCUUGUGAAGCCAGUAGCCAUCAAAACUAUAUGUAUACACAAGUCAAGUGAGUGUAAGGAAAACCAAAGGUAACGUUAAGAUUAAGGGAGGGUGAUAAGUAACGGUUUUGAAACUAGGCAUGUCAGUUUGUCUCACUAUGCAAGUUAAAAAAAAUUAAAUUUGAAAGUCUUAAAUGAGAAUAAGAUUUCCUUAUGUCCCCAACAUGAAAGUGUUAUGUCAGAGGAUCGUGCUCCCAAUGCUCUUGCAAACUUUUUAACCUUUGUUUAUUGUCUGUUAAACCACAGAAUUCUAUUCAUAUCUCAUUUAAAUAAAUCAAAAUAAGGUCCA